UUAACUACACAGCUGAUCAGGGGGUAAAACCUGAAUCUGGCGAACUAAAAUACUUUCGAUGUUUGCCGAUGUAUUUUUGAAACUAUGACAGAAGAAAUGGCGCCAAUCGUUGAAACCGAAUGAAACGUAAACACAAACAACGAUCAAAAGUGCACUAGUAAAGCCGGCUCCUAGAAAUGGAUUCUUUUAAUCCCAAAAAACAACUUUAUCCUCCAGAAAAUGGAUCGGGAUUUGCUUUCCCUUAUUUACCGUACGAUAUUCAGUUGGAUUUCAUGCAAGCGCUCUACACAGUACUGCACACUGGCGGCAUUGGUAUCUUCGAAAGUCCUACUGGAACCGGCAAAUCGUUGAGUUUAACCUGUGGAACUUUGACAUGGUUAAAGGAUUAUGCACGCGUAUUUGAAGAGGAGCUGCGAGAAACGAUCGAAAAGCUGCGCACCGAAAUAGUCCGACUGGAAAAAGAGAACGAGAUUUCUAAUGAUUGGAUAUCGGGACAGUACAAUGCCAUGGGCCAGCGAAAGCAAAUGGAUGAGUUGAACCUGUUGAAGCAAUCCAUAGAAGAUCAUCAAAAGCAUCUGCUACAGAUGAAGGAUCAAGGUGUUUUGCACAAGAUUCGAUGGGAAAAAAUUCGUGCGAAAGAUGAUACAUUGAAGGAAGAAUCACUGCAGCAGGACGUUACGAUCGAUGAGGAUGAGUUUCUGAUUCCGGAAGAAAGUGACGAUGAUAGUGAUGAAGAUGCUAAUUCUGGCCGGCAGAAGGAGGACGAAGAGGACCGAUACCGUCCAGUGCAGGUGAUAUUUUGCAGCCGCACACAUUCACAGUUGUCGCAGGUAGUGAACGAAGUGAAAGAAACGCAACAUGCAAACGAUCUUCGUCUCAUGUCCCUUGCAUCACGGCAACAUCUUUGCAUCAAUGCGGAAGUGCAAAAACUUAAAACUAGUACCCUUAUGAACGAGCGAUGUUUGGAGUUGCUGAAAAAAGGGGGAAAGAGUAAAACGGACCCUAGCGAUCGUGAUGGACGUGGUGCGAAGAAACGAAGAAAACUCGCACAGUCAUGUCCUUACUACAAUCCACGUGCAAUAGAAGGUUUGAAAAAUGGCAUCCUCUUUGAAGUGCCCGACAUUGAAGAUCUUGUAAAGGAGGGAAAGCGUGAAAAGGCAUGUCCAUAUUAUGCCUCUCGUGCUGCUAUUCCCGACGCACAGGUGCUGAUGGUUCCCUACCAGCUGAUCCUACAUCGACGCACACGACAGCAAUCCGGUAUUGAUCUGCGCAAUUCUAUCCUCAUCAUCGACGAGGCACACAAUCUGCUGGACACGAUUGCAGCCAUCCACAGCCAGGAAGUGAAACAGGAACAGUUCCGGCAGGCAAAGAUGCAUCUAUCCGCCUACAAGGCACGCUAUUUUUCACGAUUUUCCACCAAAAAUCUGCUCCGGAUAAAUCAGCUAAUUUUUAUCGCUACCCGAUUGGGCAAACUGCUAUCCCCGGAUGGUAAAACUACCACCGUCCGAUCGUCACGAAUGAUUGAAACGCAGGAGCUGUUACUUGAAGCGGAUAUAUUUAAUUUGGAUUUGUCCGAUAUACUUUCAUUCUGCGAACGGUCUCGUAUUGCGCAAAAAGUACAUGGAUUUGCCCAAAGUUCGCCACGAGAAUUGCUCGAACAGGAUGUACCUGCCAUUCGAGGGAAGGUUGGAACCACAUCGAAAGCAGCUGCUUCGAGUGCAUUAAAAUCGUUGUUAAAGAAUCUGGAAGAGGACAACAAAUGCAAAGCACAGGUGAAGAAAGUUGGACGACCAGCAAUGAAGCAAGCACAACCGGAAGUGGUCACUGUGUGUGAUCAGGAAAAUGAUCGCCAAAUACAAACCAAACCUUCGAUAACAAAUGCAAUCCGACCGCUAAUUAACUUUCUCGAGUGUUUGAUGGAAGAUGGAGGUGGCGAUAGUCGAGUGUUGUUAUCGUUCGACGAAAAGGAUCCAUCACAGUCAGCCAUGAAGUAUUUGUUGCUUAAUCCGGGUGCACGCUUUGAAGAAAUCGUCCAAACUUGUCGAUCGGUCGUCCUUGCUGGAGGUACGAUGCAACCGACGGAGGAAUUAACGGAACAGGUGUUUCGCAAUUGCCGGGAACGAGUUACCAUUAAAAGCUAUCCCCAUGUGGUCCCAAAGGAUGCCGUCCUUCCAAUUGCGCUUGGACGUGGACCGACGGGGAAGGAAUUUCUGUUUAAUUUCGCCAACAAACAAAACGUGGAAAUGCUGGACGAACUUCAAUCGACCCUACUAAACAUUUGCCAGGUGGUACCGAAUGGUGUGGUGAUAUUUUUCAGUUCCUACGACUUUCUUGAUCUGUUCUAUCGGAAGCUGGAAGAGUCCGGCAAUCGUGCAAGGCUAGAGGAGCGCAAGAAAGUGUUCCGUGAGCCAAAAAUCUCUGGUCAAGUGGAUCGAAUCUUGCUCGACUACGGGCGUGCGGCACGAUCAGCCACGGGUGCCAUACUGUUCAGCGUUGUCGGUGGUAAACUAAGUGAAGGAUUAAAUUUCGCGGACGAACUCGGUCGAUGUGUGGUGGUGGUUGGUUUACCUUACCCGAAUCGUACCAGUCCGGAACUGAUCGAACGGAUGCGAUACCUCGAUCGAAGUUUACCCACAUCCGGUGCGGUCGGAUCCGGAACUGCUGGCAAUGAAUAUUAUGAAAAUCUUUGCAUGAAAGCAGUUAACCAGUGCAUUGGACGAGCCGUACGGCAUAUACGGGACUAUGCGGCCGUCAUUCUGCUCGACACUCGGUACUGCACGGGUGAACGCAUCCGUCGGAAGCUACCGGUGUGGAUUUCCGAGCGAAUGGACUGUGCGGAACGGUACGGUCAAGCGCACGGGAAGCUGGUGAAAUUUUUCCGCCAACACAAAGCAAAACGGAAAUAAAUCCCCCCCCCCCCAUCGGCUCGGGUAGUUUGAAUUCAUAGAAAUCGAUGUCGGGAAAUCCAACGUGCUGGAUAGGUUUCAGAUGAGUGCGGGAGACAUACCGAAGCGUACAAAUACCACGUUCCGGGUACAAAUCGUAGACGUACUUGCGCUGGCGUCGGCGGCAGUGUUGUUCUUGGAGGCGCCUCAUCCGCCAUCGUCAUCUGUCGCGAAGUUACGAAGGUAAGUGCGAAGACGUGAUGAAAUUUGAUUCCAUUCUAGCGAUCCACCGAUCGGUCCCCAAUCGGUUCGUGGUUGGAAGAGGUUAAAUACUUAGGGCGAUGGAUUGGUUUACAUCGUCCUGAUAAUUGCUCCAUUGUGCUUGAAGCUGCUUAGGAUGAGGACGCAAUUACUGAGCAAUUUUUUGUUGGGCGGAAAGUCACAAGUAACAUUCGUUUGGGUAGAUCUAUGCGGGAUAAAAGUACAGACCCGAUAUUAUGUUCUGUCACGACGAGGAAGAGUGAAAAAGGGAGAGAGUCUACUUCGAAAUGUCAAUCUGGAAAUGUACUAAUACUGGUACAAAUUUGACAGUAAUGACAGUUUGAAUUUUGUACUACUUCAUAUAAACCACCCUGUGGCAAUUAUUUGUGUUGAAAUCUGAGCCAGAAAGAUGCAAAUAGGAGAGCAAAAUAUUGAUCCAAAUUUGAACACGUGACGAAAAUGUUCGUGUCUGUUGCAUAAAUAGGAUAGUGUCUGGUGUAAAUCCAAACACAUACCAUUUGGUUCAAAUAAAAUGGUUUUAUACUAAGCUUCGUUAGGCAGUCUGUAUUCCGGUUCUAAAGGUGUGCAAUGUGGUUCCCUUCGCAAGAUGCAACCAUUCCAAACACAAACAUAUGGGCCGGCUGUGUAAGCAACACGAUCGUCUCACACCCGUAGAUUAUUCAUUGCAUGCAGCGAUGCAAACGCUGGCGAACGGAAGUGCACGCAAGUACAAUUAGGUUGAAGAGUGUGGCGCUCCUUGGGACCUCAGCCCCUGUUGACAGUGCAAACAAUUCACAUACGCAAACUGUUUCGAAACGGGCGAAAGUUUGCUGCGUGUAACAGUUCGCAUCCAUUCUGGAAGUCGCGGAUUCGGAGAGCUAGUGUGGGUUGGAUUUAAUUAGCGUACGCAUUAGAUGUAUAAACAAUGUUUAUCUGGUGUGACAAUUAAGGAGAAAUUAACGUCCACUAGUGAAGAGAUACAACAUGAUCGUGUGAGAAUUGGAGAAAUUAUUUUAAAGUCAUUUCAAAUGUUGAUAUAAAGUCGAGUAGAAAUAAAUAUUUCAUUGCUAAUAGAUUUAGCUUUGGAAUAUAUUAUCCCACUUCUUAAUCGAUUAAGAUAAUCGCCAUUUAGCAUUUGGCUCGAUUAUAAUCAAAGGCAUUGCAGGGAGAAUUGAUUCACUCCCCUAUCUGUAUCGCAUCCACGAUCAGCCUUCUUCAAACGAGGAAACUCUGCAAAUGCCAUUUCCAUGUGGGGUCGCUACAUUUGCAAACAGCGCCGCUUCCCAGGCAGGGCAAUGGAGCAGGAAAGCGCUGGCAACGAGCCGAUUCAAUUAACUAAAUUAAAUUAAGCACCGCUUUUUUAUUAGCCUCAUCCUCCGGUGCGCGUCCUUCCGUUACGCGCCAGCGUUUCCUAGUUCGAUCUUUCAGCCCGUUCAUUUCCCGUUGCGCCGUGUCGGAGAUUAGUUGUUUGCUCUCUGAGUGCGCCAACUGUUUUGUUGCGCUUCUUCGUGCUUCGCCAUUGUAAGCCAAAGCACGAGCACAUAGCCCGGCCAUUCCGGGGUACCAGUUAAAACAGGAAGGCCAUACAGGUGUUUCCUUCAGUGCUAGCCCCCUCCCGGCAACUAUUCCGUCGAUGCCAUUAAAGCAACAAAAAAAAAAGAUCCCGAACCCCCUUCUAGGCUGCAGUUUGUUGUUGCACGGCAUUGCUAAAUGGCGUGCCCCUGUGUCGCCGAAUGGUUUGGAAAACGGGUCACCCGGCAUACUAUCCCCGAAUUCAAGUAGGGUGGGCAGAACGGAAGGUAUGGGAAUUGCGGAGCCUUGAAGACCUAAUUUAGAAAUAACAAUAACGCCAUAAAAGUCACACUGGCUGAGCACACGCCACAUCGUGCUGGCGCCAACGUUCUGAACUUUGUUCCGCUUUCCUGUUCUUUCGUGCAGCACCGAACUAUAUAUGCUUCCAAUAACCCCAUAUACGGGUGGUGGGCAACAUGCGACGCACAUGCAAGAGAAAUGGCUUGUAGUGGUUUUUUUUGGGAGCAAAAGAGACAUACCCUUUAGAUAAAAUUCUCCAUUCAUCAAUGUUAAUUGGGCAAAUUUUUUAUGCUUGUUUUGAAGUACUUAAAAUAAAUCAAGCGCCAUCUGGUGGAUUGUGCACCAAAGGUACGUAACGCAUUGCAUAACGCGCUAACGCAUUUGUUACGCUCUAUUGGGCACAAUAAUCAAAUCAAAUUCAGAUUGAUCUAUUGAACAUUGGGAUUGUUUGUGGGACAAUACUAGGGAAGGAAGAGAGAGAGAGAGAGAGAGAGCGAGUUUGUCAAUUACCGUACGGCGGCAUGAUCGUUUGUGUUGUCGCAUGCUUGACACUGAGCUCUAGGAACCAAACCUCAACAUCAGUGGCGGCUUCAUCUUCAACGCUUCACCUCCAUUAAA